AUGGAGCGUGUUUUGUCUUCAACGCCCAGUGAAAAAACACAGUACUUCGACGCACUCCAGUAUCCUGCCGAGAACGUUGACAUCAAGCAAUCCAACAGUCAGGGGCAAAACGUCUCGAUGCCAAAAAAAUCAGGAAAUACUCCUACACCAAACGGCAACAUCCCAGGCUCAAAUGCCUCGCCCCCAAAAGAAGAUCUUGGUACGGAGGACAGCCACUUGGAGUUCACAAAGCACCACGGCGAAAAUCAUUCAGACCGCAGCAGGUCUCCGUCGAUCCAAUCGCUUCCCGUGUGUAUGGAGGACAUAGACGAGGAUGCACCUUCCGCUCAUAGUAUGGAAGGUGGACACACCCCUCCGUUGGGAAGAAAGGCAUCUGUGCGCACAACAAGAAGCAAUCGCACGACUAGAUCAGUGGCUGAGGCGACAGCAGCCUUCCAGAGCGGGUCGGUUCUCACCGGUCCAAACGCCGAGCCAGAUAUAGAUGAGGGUGUGGUCCAACGGGGGGUCAUCGCUGAGAGAUCUUUGAGUAAGAAGCAGAAAGAAAAAAUAAUCAAGGAUGAGAAACGAGAGUCGAAGUGUUUUUCCAAGCUUCUGAAGACAGAAUCUAAGUUGGAAAAAGCUGCAUUGGCACGGGCUCUUAAGUCUCUCGCGGCUCUGCAAGAUCUUCACAAGGCCGCCUGCAAACUUGAGACCAGAGCAGAGGCAGCCCACUCCAAGUCACUCUUGGCCGCUCAGCAAGCCGAGAGCACGUUCCUGGAAGUAAGGGCUCGUGCUGAGGAGGAGCAUGCGCGGUGGGAGGGCAAGCAAGUAGAGGUCAAGGCCCAGGAGGAACGCUUGGAAGCGGAGAGGGAAAUCGUAAGGGAGAUGGAGGAUCGCAUGGCAGAAUGCGCCCGCGAGAUCGAAAAAUUGAGAAUCGUGAAGGCUACAGACGAGAGAGAAAGGGAAGCCAAGAUGGCAGAAAUGAUGGGAAAGAAAACAUGA